GUCAUCUUUAAUUAUGUUAAUGAAGGCCUUGGUUGUAUAAAUAGGGCUAUUGAUGGGAGCUACUUCACUCUGCCUCCGGUGAUCAAACGCGAACGCAGCAGACUUCUCCGGUUUUCAAGGAAACAAGCUAUGAAGUAUACCAUCCUAUUGCCUCUGUUACUGUUGAUGUCAGCGGAUCAUCUCCAUGGAUUUGACGAGCAUGAUGAAUGUUUACACGACAACAAGGAAUGGGUGAAAGUUCUAGAAACUGCCAAAGAUGGGGCCGUGGUUUCUGGAAGAAAAGAGGCUUUACAGGAGUCGGUAAAGCACGGCGCAAGGAUAAAAUUUGGCACUAACGAUUACUUUGCCGAAGUUGACAACUGUCGGAACAUAAACGGUGAUGUAUGCUGCCAGGCACUAAUGCAUAUCAGCAAAUCUGGAUGGAAUGCAUUUCAAGGAAAUGCCUAUUGGUGGAUGAGCAAUAUUUGCACGACAGGCAACUGGCACAUGAUCAGAUAUAAUGUCGGAAGCACCAACCUGUCUGAGUCACGGCUCACGUCUGCCUUUAAGUGGUUUGUUUUGAAAACGAACUACCAACAACCUGUUUACUCUACCUUUGCAAAUGGAACUUUUAAGUUGGGUAGUGUAGACACGCUUCUUUCAGCUGUUCUGCAAGGAAAGUCGAUUUCUGUGUCGCAACAGCAGAAUGUUGUAUUUCAUGUACAAAAUAUUGAGAUCUUCAACACAGGGUCUGAUGGGAAAGCCACGGUAAGCGCUGAACAUAUCUGGAGCGUCAGUCAGAGUGUCGCAGGAAACCAUCUGGAGUUUCAAGGCAAUGCCUACUGGUGGUUCUUGAUCCUCAACACAGCUGGUACUCGGGAUAUGUCCAGGUGGAGUGUGGGCUCUCACACACCAAGAGGCCAGUCUCGGGAUAAUGUGGACACUAACUGGUUUGUGGAUCCUUGUUGGGUUCCAGUUCAUACCUAUAGCGGUCUGGGCUCAGAUUCAUUGUGGACGAGGUACAUCCUGAAACUUCUCAUCGAAGCUGGACACAAUGUUCGUGUGAAGUUCGGUGAUACGAUCGUUGGAGCAGAGAGCAUACGGCUCACAGAGACGCACGUGGCAGUCCAAAGCAUAUCUGCAUUGGCUAGAGCUGACUCCAAAACGUUCGAAAGUGACUUGAACUGGGAGUUUAGAGUUCUGGGAACGACUGGAGCUGUUCGAACAUAUCGCCCCCUCGUCGGAUCAUCUUCAGCAAGCCCACUAGGCUACACAAUUGACAGACAGGAGAUGACUUGGUACGUUGACACUAGGAAAUGGCGUUUAUUGUUUCACUUGUUGACGGAUGGCACAGUCGUUAAAGGGUCGGCCUUGGAUGUCAGAAAUGCUGUCGAAGACGGAGCGGACAUCAGAGUAGCGUUCAAACUGCCCGACGAUCCCGGAUUCCGGUAUCACAAAGCAGACAAUCUUGCCUUGGGACCCACUCCAAAUGUUGCAGCACAGAUUGUUCGGGCACUGCGAGAUAACCAGACAUCCUGUGAUGAGUUUGAGUUUGACCAAUCACCACAAUGGUCCUUCAAGCUGAUCACUACAACUGGGUUUGUUCUCAAUUCAAACUGGGUUGUUGGAGAACACGUCAACAAAGGUCGCACGAGUGAACGCGCUGAAAUGCAGUGGUUUGCAAGUGUUAAAGGAGCCUAACCACCUCCCAGAAAGAAAAACCAACAAAAAAAACCGCCCGAAAGCACACAAGAAAAAGAAAAACCUCUUCACUGCAGUUUAACGUCGAUAUUGUUUAUUCUUUCCUUUGACUCCAAGAACUGUCCAAGAAAUAUCCACAUUAGAUAUGUUACAUGUAAAUUUCUGAAAUGUUUACAUUUGGUGACUGUGUAUUAAAAUCACGUUGUAUAAUCUAACUGUAUAUGGCUAGCCGUUCCUCGAUGAAUAAAUAAUUGCUUGGG